AUGCCCUUAAAAAUAAUGAGAUUUGAUUUUGAAGAUUAUCUUGAAAAUGAACUAGGCUUUAAAGAAGAAGAAGAUAUUUAUUGUGACUUGUAUCAGACAAAUCAGUGUUAUAAUCCUGAUUGUGACAAACAGCACAUUAAACUUUCUACAGCUGUAAUAUGUAAGCAUUGGCUUAGAGGGUUGUGUAAGAAAGGGAAGAAAUGCGAAUUUAUACACGAAUAUGAUCUUAAGAAAAUGCCACAAUGUUAUUUUUUUAGUAAGCUUGGUGAAUGUACAAAUCCAGAAUGUUUCUAUCUUCAUUCAGUUGUUAAAAGAAAGGAAUGUGCAUGGUACAACAGAGGAUUCUGUAGACAUGGAUCACAAUGUAAGAAUAGACAUGUGCGUAAGAAGAUGUGUUACAAUUAUUACCUAGGAUUUUGUAUCAAAGGGCCUACUUGUGAAUAUGGACAUCCUAAGUCAUAUUUAUUUAAAGCACAUUAG